GGAUCCGGGUCCAGCGAGAUGGGUCUCCUCGAGAGCCUCGACGCCGGGCUCACGGGCUUCGUGGGCCAAUGGAACGCCUACUCGACAGGGCUGGUGACGCUGCUGGUCCUGCUGGUCACGUACCGCAUCACGACGUCGCGCGAGCCGGACGUGCACCCGCUGCUGCUGGCCAGGCAGGCCGGCGCCUCAACGGUGCGCAACGAGGGCGAGAGCGCCGCCUACCGCUGCCUCGCCGCUCCGCACAGCAUGCCGCUCAACAGCGGGCUGGACAUUAAGGAUCCCGGCGUCUCGAAGUGGUCCCGGGGACGCAAUGGCGACCUGAGGGACACUUGGCGGAAGGCGGUUGCGGGGGAUGCCGAGGGGAAGAAGGGCAAGCUGUUGACGGUUCUUGGAUCGGAGAAUGUCAUUGAGCAUCGUCUAGAGGAUAUUACGAGACAGAUCAACCUCAUCGGACACUACAUUGCGGAGCAGGGCGGCAUCAGAGUCGCCAUCUAUCUGCCCAACUCGGUCGAAUUCCUCGUCGCUCUCAUGGCUUGCAGCUUCUAUCCGAACCUGACAACCGUCCUGAUCCCCUUCAACGUCUCCAACGAGGAGCUCGUCCACAUGAUGCGACGAUCCGCCGUCGACACUGUUGUGACGACUCCUGGCUCGUUCCCGCUCGACGACGUCGCCAAGGCAUAUCCGUCGCUGAGACAGCUCAUCUGGGUCGUGGACGAAGGCAGCUCGCAUCUCGACUGGAACGAGGUCCCUGAGGGCAUGGGAGGCAGCGUCAACGUCGCCACAUGGCAGGAGAUUAUCCGCGAUGCCCCGACUGACUCUGGCACUGAGCUCCCUCCUCUGGAUCUGGAAAAGGUUCCCAUGGACGUUGUUACUUUUUGGCAGACGAAGCCCGGCCAGCUGGAAGAAAUGGUGCGCUUCACGCAGGCCAACUUGGUUGCUGGCAUCGCUGCUCAGAUCAACGCCAUCCCCAUCAAGGAGAGGCUGACUCCUUCGGACCUAUUUCUUCCCGCCGAGUCCUUGGCUGGCAUUCACACCCUUUCCCUGACCUUGGCUGCGCUGUACCAGAACUCUUCGAUCGCGUUCAACUCGGUUGCUGGUCGAUCGCCGGAUUUGGUCCUGGCGACCCAGGGCAUCGCUCCGACGGUGAUUGUUGCCAGUCCUUCCAGCUUGCUCAAGGUCCACCAAGAGUCCACCGCCAAGCUGAACAGUCCUCUUGCCAAAGCCUCUCAUGCCAUUGCCACUCGCACUCUCACCCAGCACGGUGUUCUUCCCACCGCCAACUUGCUGUCUCCGUUUGCCGCCGGAGCGAAGCCAUCCCUCGGUACCGACCCGAGCAAGCUGCGUCUGGUGUACACGGCGGAGCGUGUUGGCGCGGAUACGCCUCACCUUUCGGCCCAAGUCCUCUCCGACCUGCGUGUCUUUACCGGCGCCCGAGUGAUAUAUGCUCUGACCAGUGCUCGGGUAGUGGGUGCCGUUUCGCAAACAGCUUACUACGACUACAGAGUCGACGAGGGCGACAAGGGCCACUUUGGCGCGCCGGCGACCAGCGUUGAGAUUCGCUUGAAGGACAAGGGUCCAUACAAGACGACUGAUGACGUGGUUGUGGGAGAGAUUUACGCGACAGGACCCAGCGUUGCUGGCGGCGAGACCAACCUUGGUGUUAUUGGAACGCUUAGACAUGACAAUACGCUUGCUUACGUGUCAUAGAAGCCGAGCACGGUAUAGUUUAAAGGGGAGGAAAGGAGAAGCAAAUCUGGCUACACAAAUGCCG